AAGAUGUAACUUCCUGUUUCUCAUACCAGCGCGAAAUUUCGAAGAUAUUGUCAAAAACUAACUUAAUUAAAUGGCUGAAAAAUAUUCAAAAUCUAAACUCAAACGAAAUAAGUCGUUUGUCAAAGAUUUCCAGCCAGAGAGUUGUUCCAGGGGAACUGUGACGGGUCGGACAACAUUGUUGUCCAGUGAAAGUAGAGCAGAGGCUGGAAGGUCAGUGUGGUGGAACAGCGAGCAGCUGCCUGCUGUGGAGAGGCUGUGGGCGUUGACACUGAAGUCUGCUCUGCCCUACCUGGAGAAUCAGCACUGGGACCUAGCUCCUGAUCUUCCUCAUCCAUCUACAGCGAGACCCACAGCACUGAAGUUAGAUGAACAGCGUUGGUGUGACUUAAGAGAAGAGGUCGCUCCCUUCCCUGAACCUUCUCUGAGGCCUUCAUGGAGUCUCAGCUCCUGCCAGCAGGAGCCCUCAGCAGAGACCAGACCUGAACCAGAGCCACCAGACAGACAGCUGUCACCGACUACAUCCCUUCAAGCUGUGACCAAAAGACCACGUCAGUCCCUUUACAGCUGGGAGGGGCCCGCAUCAUCAGCCGGACCCUCAAGUGUUGGAGGAGACAAGGGGAGGAAAGCAGAAGAGACCAGACCAGGCAAUAGACAACCUCUCACCAACUGGGUGAAGGUGUCUGACAGCCGAGUUUCUCCUCAGAGGGAGGCUGAACAUAAAGAGGAGGUGCAGGAGCAUGUAGGAGCAGCAGGAAGGUUGCAGAGCUGCCCCAUGUGCCUGCUGCUGUUCCCUGUUGGGUUCACCCAGAUGGACUGUGACAGCCACCUGGCCCAGUGUCUGUCCGAGGUGAAUGUGGACAUGACUUGGUGAGCCAAAUUGGACGCCGGCUGCUGUCCAGGAAAAGCCACACACACUCCAGGAUUGUAUCGAAUGAAGGGAACACCCAGAGAGCAGCUUGGAUAAGUGACUGACACCUUACCACUAGUUACUGAUAGAGGGACUCCUGGACACACUGGAAAAACAUGUAAGCUACAUCAUGGAAGGGGGUUAGCUUUGAGAAUUUCUCACCAGGGGCCCUUUGAAAACUCUGGUCACAAUUCCUCUGAUGACUGCCUGCUGUUAUCUCUGAGCUCACCCUCUUUAGACACCAAAUGUGUCUCUGCUUGAGCCUGUGGACUGGCCUCGAUGCCUCUGACUCCAGCUGCUCAAGAGGAUCUCUGAAUGAAAAUGAUAAGCGUGCCACAUCCUCCUCACAGAGCUGACUCACAAAGAUAAAUUAGACUGGUGUGUUAUAAUUUUACUGAGCUUUGUUGUUGAAAAUUAAUGAUUUCAAGUUAAAAGUGUUGUGUCUAAUGUAAUGCUUUACAGUGGAACCCAAUUCUCAGCACUAAAAAUCUAUUUAAUUAUUUUAUGUUUCUUUGCAAAUAUUUGCUGAAUCAUCUCUGUUGCCUGGUCCUGGUACAGAGUAAAGGAGCCAUGUUUUCUAGUUUGAAAAGAGGCAUAAUAUACCCAGAAUCGACCAAAAAUGUAUCUAUUGAAGGAGCAACAUCUAUUAGUUGCUGUGUGUUUAGCAAGAUCUGAAGUAGGGACAUCUGUUGGUUGUCAUCUAUCAUUAUCUGUUAAAUUUAUACAGUCUGAACAGAAAUAUAGACCUAUGUCUAA